UGUGUGUGUGUGUGUGUGUUAUAUGUUUGUUAUAUGUGUGUUAUGGACAAAGGAUGUGGUGUCUUCUAACAACUCGGACGGGGAUCAGCGUGUGCUUGGCGCGACCGUUUGCUGGACCCAUGUUUCUACCCUGUAAACAGGUCAGUUUGCAAGCUGGCACCGGCCCCGGUCCCGUGCCUCUGCCUCCGCCUUGACGCCGCUCCGCUCGGGUCGUAUCCCCCGUGCUCUCAUUCCACCGGAGCCACUCCAUCCCCGACGCCCGCAUCCACCUGCCCCUCACUCCCUCACUCCCUCACUCCCUCCGUCCGUCCUUCCGUCCCGCGACCGUGGGAAUAAGACGCCGUUGAAAACCAGCAACAUGGCCAGCAGCUUCUCCAGGAUCCUGUCCUCCAGGCGACACCUCGGGGUCCUGUCGCUGGUGGGCGGCUCCGUCACGGCCGGAUUCCUGCUGCACCGGGACCAUGUCACCGCCGGGACGCCCGUCCGCAGGAUGUACCCCGCCAGUGCGGAGUACCCUGACCUGCGCCAACACAACAACUGCAUGGCCAGUCACCUGACUCCCGCCAUCUAUGCCAAGCUGUGUGAUAAGGCCACUCCCAACGGCUACACGCUGGACCAGGCCAUCCAGACGGGCGUGGACAACCCCGGGCACCCCUUCAUCAAGACCGUCGGCAUGGUGGCCGGAGACGAGGAGUCCUACGAGGUAUUUGCAGACCUGCUGGACCCGGUCAUCAAGGAGAGGCACAAUGGCUACGACCCCAGCACCAUGAAGCACCCCACCGACCUGGAUGCCAGCAAGGUCCAGUCGGGCCAAUUUGACGAGCGCUACGUGCUGUCCUCCAGGGUGAGGACGGGCCGCAGCAUCCGGGGUCUGAGCCUGCCCCCCGCCUGCACCCGGGCAGAGCGCAGGGAGGUGGAGAGGGUGGUGGUGGACGCCCUGUCUGGUCUGAAAGACGACCUGACUGGCAGAUACUUCAGUCUCACCCAGAUGACAGACAAGGAGCAGCAGUGUCUCAUUGAUGACCACUUCCUGUUUGACAAGCCUGUGUCACCCCUCCUGACGUGUGCAGGCAUGGCUCGUGACUGGCCAGAUGCCCGUGGUAUUUGGCACAACAAUGAGAAGACAUUUCUGAUCUGGGUCAACGAGGAGGACCACACCAGGGUCAUCUCCAUGGAGAAGGGAGGCAACAUGAAGAGAGUCUUUGAGAGGUUCUGCCGAGGCCUCAAGGAGGUGGAGCGUCUGAUCCAGGAGAGAGGCUGGGAGUUCAUGUGGAACGAGAGGCUCGGCUACGUCCUCACCUGCCCCUCUAACCUGGGCACAGGCCUCAGGGCCGGGGUCCAUGUCAAACUGCCCCUGCUGAGCAAGGAUCCGCGCCUGAAUAAGAUCCUGGACAACCUGCGUCUGCAGAAGCGAGGGACGGGUGGUGUCGACACCGCUGCUGUGGGCGGCGUGUUCGACAUCUCCAACCUGGACCGCCUGGGACACUCUGAGGUCCAGUUGGUGCAGACAGUGGUCGAUGGCGUCAACUACUUAAUCGAGUGCGAGAAGAGACUGGAGAGGGGCCAGGACAUCAAGGUGCCCCCACCGCCCAAGCAGUUCAAGUAGACACCGACUAAUCCCUGACCUCCGCUCAAAACCCUCUGGGCACAAACCACGCUAUUCUGUGCCCAUAGAUAUCAUAAAUAUCUAUGUCAUCGCCUCAUUUACUACUACUUAUCUAAUCAACCCUACAACCUUCCCCACUUCCUCUCUAUGAUAUAAGCUGCAUAUAUUAUACACAGCUACCUGAUCAAACCCAGCCAGGGUCCCGCAGUACUGCAAUGGGCUUAAGUGGGUUAUUGGUGCAUUUGAAGGGUUUUGAACUCAAAACUCAGUUCAAAUGGCAGCGAAUGUUAAUGAAGGAUGCGCAAACUGUAGGCUGUUGUAACGGAUCAAAGACGGCCGCCAGUUUGCUCGUCUCUGCAUGGCCGAACAGAAUCUGUGGCUCUGCUUCCUCAGCCCACCACACCUGGCUUUACCCUGCAGCAUGUCCUAUACUCAGCCCGUCUCUGUUGCCUCCCUCCCUCCCUGUCCCCGUUAGUUGAUCGGUCAUGUCUAUUAUCUGGUGCUUGUAUAGUCCAUCCAUUGUUGAUUGUGCAUACAUACAUAGUGUCUUUUAACCAUUUUGAGUGGGUUUGAAUGUAGAUUAACAGUGUGAGACUGAAGAGACUUGCGGAUUUGACUGUUCGAUGACACACCGGUGUCGGACUGUAAUGUAACACACAGUGGCCGGGGCUAGGUUCUGUACUGUAAACUACUGAAGCAAUAUCAUUCCAGCGCAUUACUGAAUGUCACACUGUAAUGUCUUUUAUUAAAGCAAUCAUCUAUUUAACAGUA